GGAAGCGGAAUUCUGAGCUAAAAGUUUACAAGCCGCUUUACGGGUUAAAAAUUUUGUUGUUUUCUUCGAGUUUGUCGAAUAGUUACGACUUAAUCGACUUUAAAAGAUGUCCGGUAGAUUACCAGCGGUUGUAAUUGACAAUGGAACAGGCUAUACGAAAAUGGGGUAUGCUGGAAACUCAGAACCACAGUUCAUUAUACCCUCAACUAUAGCAGUAAAAGAGACUGCAAAAAUUGGCGAUCAAGCUACUAGGCGAUUAGCAAAAGGAGUUGAUGAUCUGGACUUUUUCAUUGGGGAUGAAGCUUUAGAUGCCACUUCAUAUGCUGUUAAGUGGCCUAUUAGACACGGUUUAGUGGAGGAUUGGGAUUUGAUGGAGCGUUUCUGGGAACAAGCCAUCUUUAAAUACCUUAGAUGUGAACCGGAGGAUCAUUAUUUUCUCUUGACUGAGCCCCCAUUGAACACACCGGAAAAUCGUGAAUACACAGCAGAAAUCAUGUUUGAAUCGUUCAACAUUCCAGGACUUUAUAUAGCUGUUCAAGCUGUCUUAGGAUUGGCUGCUUCAUGGACGGAUCGUCCUCGUGAAGAGCGAAUUUUGACAGGAACAGUUAUUGAUUCCGGUGAUGGCGUCACACACGUUAUACCAGUAGCUGAUGGUUAUGUAAUUGGGAGUUGCAUUAAGCAUAUUCCGAUAGCUGGUCGAGAUAUCACAGCAUUCAUACAGCAAUUAUUAAGAGAGAGAGAAGUUGGCAUACCCCCUGAACAGAGCAUGGAAACAGCAAAAGCUAUAAAAGAACGUCAUUGCUACGUAUGUCCUGAUAUUGUUAAAGAAUAUGGCAAAUACGAUAAAGAACCGGGUAAAUGGAUAAAGCAAUUUCAAUCACAAAAUGCCAUUACUAAACAACCUUUCACUGUCGAUGUCGGAUACGAAAGGUUUUUAGGACCUGAGAUUUUCUUUCACCCAGAGUUUGCUAACGCCGACUUUCGCACUCCAAUUUCUGAAAUAGUCGACGAAGUCAUUCAAAACUGCCCCAUUGAUGCACGUAGAGGCUUAUAUAAGAAUAUUGUUUUAUCUGGAGGUUCAACAAUGUUUAAAGAUUUCAAUAGGCGUCUUGAAAGGGAUUUGAAAAGAGUUGUAGACUUCCGAAUGAAAACUACCAUUGAGUUAAGCGGAGGAAGGCUAAAACCAACGCCCAUUGAAGUUAAAGUUGUAACUCAUGCCAUGCAACGAUACGCUGUCUGGUUUGGAGGUAGCGUUUUAGCAUCAACGCCGGAGUUCUACCAAUUUUGCCAUACAAAGGCCGACUAUAUGGAGCAUGGAGCUUCUAUAUGCCGACACAACCCAGUGUUUGGAACAAUGUAA